AUGGACGGCCCUCCCGCGGCGGUCGGGGCAGAGGACGCUUACAAUCGAUGGUUGACCACGGCCCCUCAGCUGCGUGCUCGCCCGCUCUCUCUGUUCUACUCAGAGUGGCGUCGGCUAUGCACUCUGUCGGGGUGGUUGGAAGUGACGCUGAGGAAGGGGUACGCGCUGCAGUUUCACUGUCAGCCUCCCCCGUUCUCGGGGAUUGUGGAGACCGUCAUGUCGUCUCCUGCGAAGGUCGCAGCCCUGCAGGGAGAGAUUGCGGACCUUCUGGAGAAGGGGGCGGUGUCCCUAGUCCCGUUGGGGCAGAGGGAGAGGGGUUUUUACUCCCCAUACUUCCUGGUUCCCAAGAAGACGGGAGGCAUGCGGCCGAUUUUGGACCUGCGCGUUUUGAACAAUUGCGUGUCAAAACGGCCUUUUCGCAUGCUUACGACGAAACGUCUCAUGGAGUGCGUGCACCCCGGGGAUUUUUGCGUCAGCAUCGAUCUGAAGGAUGCUUACUUCCAUGUCCCUGUCCUGCCGCGCCACAGGAAGUUCCUGCGGUUUGCCUUUCAGGGCCAAGCGUACGAGUAUACGAGGAUUCCGUUCGGGUACGCGUUGGCUCCCCGCACUUUCACCAAGUGCGUAGAGGCUGCCCUGGGACCGUUGAGGGGUCAGGGGGUCAGGGUUCUGGCCUACCUGGACGACCUGUUAGUUCUGGCGCACUCGGCGGAGCAGGCCAGAAUUCACACGUUCCGGCUAGUGUCUCAGCUCACUCGCCUGGGCUUUGCGGUGAAUUGGGGGAAGAGUGCUCCCCAGCCCUGCCGACUGGUGGUAUUUCUGGGGCUCCAGUUGUCCACAGUCUCUAUGAGGGCUCGGGUGUCUGAGGCGCGCAGAGAGACCAUUCUGCGAGCCUUGGCACAUGUCCAGCCGUCCCACAUGGUGUCGGUGCACGCCAUCAUGUCUCUCUUGGGCCUGAUGUCGUCCGCUCACGCAGUGGUCCCGCUGGGGAUGCUGCACAUGAGGGGUCUUCAACGUUGGUUCGCUCGCCAACGUUUGGACCCGGUGCGCCACCGGCGUCGGUUGGUCAGAGUCCCGGACUCUUUGGGGCGGGACCUGGCUUUCUGGGGGGAUCCGCGCACUCUGCUCCGGGGGGUUCCCAUGGGCAGAGUGUCGGUUCGGGUUCCAGUCUUCACAGACGCUUCUCUGACGGGCUGGGGCGGGACGUGCCAGUCGCGCUCGGUCAGGGGUGUGUGGCCUCCUUUGGAGCGUCACAUCAACUGGCUGGAGUUAGACACGAUCCGGCGCGUGUUGCUGCACUUCGCGCCGGCCCUACGGGGACGGGACGUACUAGUGUGGUCAGACAAUCGCACGGCGGUCGCCUACGUGAACAGGCAAGGCGGGGUCAGAUCUCUACCCCUCCACCUGUUGGCGGUGCAGAUUUGGGAAUGGGCUCACAUGCACCUCAGGUCUCUAAGGGCUCUGCACAUUCCCGGAGAGCUCAAUGUGGGCGCGGACCUGUUGUCCCGGGGCGGCCCCCGGGACGACGAGUGGCGUCUUCACCCCGACAUUGUGGCCGAGCUCUGGAGGCGCUUCGGGAGGGCGCAGGUGGACUUGUUCGCGUCCCGGGAGGACGCUCAUUGUCCCCUGUGGUACUCUCUUCGAGCGCGGGACAGGCCCCCGUUGGGCGUGGACGCAUUGGCUCACCGGCCGUGGCCGAGAGCCCUGUUGUACGCUUUUCCCCCUCUGCAGUGCAUUCUCCCGGUCAUGUCUCGGGUGCGGUCGGAAGGGCUGUCGCUCAUCUUGAUCGCCCCUUUUCGCCCGGGGGCCCUGUGGUUUGCGGAGGCGGCUCAAAUGGCGGUAGGGACGCCGUGGCCGAUCCCUCAUCGCCACGGGGCGCUGUCGCAGGCGAACGGCUCGAUAGGGGCGUUCCCGGUGCUGGGCCAGCCACUGCGGGCUUGGCUCCUGAGAGGGCCAGACUGCGACAGUCUCUUUGAGCAGAAGAGGUCCCCUGGCACGCUGAAGGUGUAUGCUUGUGCUGUUUCGGCGUGUCAUGAGGGUUUCAAUGGCGUGUCUGUGUUUAGCCACCCCUUGGUCAAACGGUUUCUGGCCUGGUCCCGCCGUCUUAGGCCGGUGGUCCGGCGGACGUUGCCUCAGUGGGAUUUGGCAUUGGUUCUGGAGGCGUUGUGUGACACGCCGUUCGAACCUAUUGACCAGAUACCUUUGAAGCCUGGCUGUCUUACCAUCAAUGGCGAUGGCAGCAGGGCGGUGUUGCUCCCUAACCCGGCUUUUCUGCCCAAGGUGAUCAAGGCGUUGUUUCGUUCCAUGAAGAUGGUCUUGUGGGCGUUCUCUCCUCCUCCCCAUGCGAGUGAGAGGGAGGAGAGGUUGCACCGUCUGUGCCCGGUCCGCGCUUUGGCACAGUAUGUGCUACGCACGGCCGCGGUGCGGGCCGCGCCACAACUCUGUGUGUGUCACGGUGGCCCUAAGGUGGGUCAGCCGUUGUCGAAACAGCGUCUGUCUCAUUGGUUGUGUGAGGCGAUUGAUCUUGCCUAUUCGUCACGUGGUGUCCCUACGCCUAUUGGGUUCGGGGCCCACUCCACGCGUGGGGUGGCGGCCUCGGCCGCACUGUUUAAGGGCGUGGGGGUGGAGGACAUCUGUGCUGCUGCGUCCUGGGGGACACCGUCGCCGUUUGUCCGAUUCUAUUUGCGUGACAUGGCCACAGGCACGUUGGCCCACUCUGUGCUCAGCGUGGCUGAGUCAGUGGUGUGA